CGUAAUUUUGGUCUACUCUGAGAUUAUGUGGGAAUACGCGUGACAGGAACCUUAUUUAUUAUAUAAUUCACGCCAAAAUAACACGUCUUGUUUUGCACUUCCUGCUUUUAUAUGCGCAUUACGGUAAAACGUGGCCGCCUGCUUGCCACUCACAUUGGCCAUCCUUGAGAUCGGUUAGCCGGAAGGUUCUAGCAUGUUCGGGAUUUUGCGUAUAAAGUAAGGUUGCUAGCUCGUUGAGGACUCAGUCGGAGAAGACGGAAAGCGGGUUUGUUUAGCGCGUCGUCCAAGGACACCUCAAAAAUAUGGCAGAAGGUGGAGGAAACAGACGACAUCCCAACAAUCUUCAGGGGAUUCUGCGGAUGGCUGUAGAGGCUGGCUCUGCUUCCGAUGGACCUGCUCCUGUUGAGCCCAUGUCAGAGGAGAGGAAAGAAUGGUUGAGAGAAGCUCUUGCAGAAGUAAGUAAAGGGCAGAUGGAUGAAGUGGAGCAAAUGAAACAAUGCUUGGCUGUCUUGCGGAAAGGUGGAAUGAGCGAGAAGGAGCGAGAGGGAGGGGAAGAUGGAGAUGAAGAGAAUGAAGAUGAGAGGGAAUCAGCUCUGGAGCUGCUGUCAGAUUUGUGUGAGAACCUGGACAAUGCUAGAGAUCUGAUGGUUCUGGGUGGGCUGGAGUUGUGCGUCUCGCAGUGCUUGUGUCAUCCCCAAAGUGGGGUGAGGUGGCGUGCUGCCCAGCUCCUCGCCUCCUGUGCCCAGAACAUGCCGGAGGUGCAGUUCCACUUGCUCAGCAUGGGAGCGCUACCAAAACUGCUGCAGCUAACAGAUUCUGAUCCGCACCCGACGGUCAAAGUAAAAGCCCUCUACGCUGUCUCAUGUCUGGUCCGGGAGCAAGAGGCAGGGCUUCGGGCAUUUCUUGGUCAUGAUGGUUUCUCAGUCCUGAUGCGAGGCAUGCAGUCUGACAACGAGAAGCUUAGGACCAAGUCGGCGUUCCUUCUGCUCAACCUCCUCACAGCAUACCCAGAGCAGAAAGGCACAGUUCUGUCCAUGGGCAUGGCACAACAGCUAGUAUCUGUCCUUCGUACGCCGCACUCCUCGUUCCAUGAACACGUGCUUGGCGCCCUUUGCUGUAUGGUAGAAGAUUGCCCACAGGGGCUUAAAGACUGCGCGAGUCCAACUCUGGGCCUGGAGGAACUAAUCAAACAGCGAAUUAAAGAUCUUCAUGGAAGAGAUGAGUGUCAGGAGGAGCUGGAGUUCUGUGUGCGUCUGAGGGCCAUGUGUUUCCAUGGACAGCCCGAGGAAAACGGAAUGGAUCGCUGAACUAACAGUACUCCACUCCAGCUGCUAUAACAAGACUGAGCAAGGAUUUUAAGGAGAUGGAUUGUGGAUUUUAAGCAACUUAGUUUCUGAGGAGAAAAAGUUGCCAUCCUUCAAAGUGUUACUGGAGCCCGGAAGUAGCCGUCAGGGUCUGGCUUAAAAACCGUGAAAAUCACCGACCUUUGGGUAUGGGCUGUGCCCAGUUUAGUUCUUACAAUGUGGAUUUCCUGUCCAAUGUCUUGAGCUCUUCCUCACAGAAAAACACGCAUGUAAUACUCCAUCCCAAUUUGCAACAUAACUGUUUGCAUUUUUAUUCAUUUUUAAGGUGGACAAUGUUUACGUCCCAAGGUAGUUAAUGACUUCAUCAGCCUUGCAUGUAUGGUCCAUUCGUAAAUGCUUUAUGGUUACAGCUGCUCAAACAAUUGAAUUAAAAAACAAACCAAUGAUUUCAUUUCACUUAUCAUUUUAACACUCCAGAAUGACAGACCUCAAUUGAUUUUUUUGAUUUUUUUUUCUACCAUAUUUAUUAUGAAUAAAACAAAUGGCCUUUUUUAAAUUAUGGCCGCUCAGAAGUGGUAGGUAGUGCGGAACCACGUGUGGUGGAAUUUUCCCCUCUAGUCUUAAAGGUAAUAUGACACAGUGUCCCCGGGAACUUGUAACCUGGGAGCAGUGGGUCGAGGCCUGUCUGAGCGGUUCGUAUCUCUGUCUGCUUGUGUUGACUGGGCAAGGCGGCGGUCUUAAUAAGACUGGGCUGUCUCCUAUGGAGACCAAGGUUGCAGAGGAAGUGAUGCUCUGUUCCAGACGGCCAGGGAUGGCCAGGCUGACCCCUCUUAGAUAUGUAUUGCAGGUGACCAGAAUGCAGAGAACGUGACUUGUUAAUGUCAGUUAACCGUGCGUCUACGGAAGGGUUUAAAUAUUCCCUGUCACUAGUCCAUCCAUUUUCCAAACUGCUUAUCCUAAUUAGGGUCGCAGGAUGCUGGAGCCUAUCCCAGCAGUCAUUGGGCGGAAGGUGGGGAAACACCCCGGACAGGCCGCCAGUCCAUCUCAGGGCAGAUACAUUUACACCUAGGGACAAUUUAGUAUGGCCGAUUCACCUGACCUACAUGUCUGAACUGUGUGAGGAAACCGGAGCCCCCGGAGGAAACCCACGCAGACAUGGGGAGAACAUGCAAACUCCACACAGAGGACGACCUGGGAUGACCUCCAAGGUUGGACAACCCUGGGGUUUGAACCCAGGACCUUCUUACUGUGAGGCAACAGCGCUAACCACUGUGCCACCAUGCCGCCCCCUGUCAUGUAGUAACCUUCAGAAUUGGGUGACAUUACACAGUGUCUACACUUGUACUGCUGAUCUGUUCUCCUUGAUCGAGCUUCAAUAAAUGUUCCUGCGUAAGACAUCCAGGUCUCCUGAACCUUCUUUAGUUGCAAGUUGGCCAGUUUUCCAAUAAUAUCCUUCAUACCAUGUACAUAUAAUCCAUAACAAAAUCUUAUUUUCUGAUCAAAUGUAACAUUUGGAAUUAAAACCCUGUGGCAGAAAUUUCAGAACAGAAAACAUAAUCCAAAUUUCAUUUUGAUAAGCAGUCACCAGUUUUGUUUCAACAUAUAGUUAAUAGUUUCAAAAAUAUAAUGAUUAAAUGUUUCUAUGAAUUUCUCAGUGAAUUCUAUAACAGCCACUAUACCAUUUGAGACCUUAUGAUUGAAAUUGUUAGACAAGUAAGCUGUGUUUUCUCGCAAGGUACUUUAGUUUCACAUCUUCCACUCAUGGUCAUUAAUCUUGGUAAGCUCCUGGUAGCUGUCAGCUGCUGGAGAGUCCAUGAAUGGAUAAUGUUCUGCUGGUUGUUAGUCCCAUAGUCUACUAAGGCCUCCUCUUUCUCUUCAUUUGACAUGUUCAUAUACAAAGAGCCAGGACACAUUUUUAAAAUGAAGGUUUGGGACUUAACCAAUGAAAGAAGUGAGGACGAUGCUCCUGACCUCUGAGUAG